AUGGAUGAAAGUGAUAUGUGGGGUGUUGUGGUUGUUCUGUAUAACUGUAGUGAACUUUGGAUUCGGUCUGUCUAUCUCUACACUCAAAGCAUUGUUCAUGCUCACAUAGAGAAGAAUCGUAGUAAUUUUGGAACCGAUAGUGACACUGGUGAUUUGGAGCAACAGCCUCAUCCGGUGAAGGAAUUAUUUAAAAUAUGCCAGAAAAUGGGGAAGCUCCUUAAUAUUAAAUCUGUGCGGAAGGAAACAGAUAGUAUAGCUUAUGUCUUUGUUGAUGGAAAGUUUAUAGCCUCUGCUUCCGCUGCCAAAAAGGAUCUGGCUAAACUUGAAGCUGCCAAGAUUGCGUUGGAUACACUUGCACCUCUGCUUCCUCCCACCAGUAUGAGGCCUUCCAUUACUGACAUGCAGCUAAGAGCUAAACAAAAACUAAACGAACUCUGUCAGAAUAAGAAAUGGCCUAAGCCAGAAUACAGUAUUGCAGAGGAGUCCGGUCCCGCUCAUGGGAAGAGAUUCGUUUGUUCUGUUAAGAUAACUAUUGAAGAAGAGGAGGGUGGUUUUCUGCUAAGGAAUGGCUGCGAAAAAUCUAAGUUAAAGGAUGCUGAGAACUCUGCUGCUUCCAUGAUGUUGAGAACUCUGCUGCUUCCAUGA